CAAACACCAGACGGAAGCUGCCUGUUGAGAGAACUUGUCUUCUGAAUUCUUUCUAACAACAUGAGGCAGUAAAAGAAACACAACAUGUUUUUAUAUGUGCUGCUUUGUGUGCCUCUCCUCUAUUUCUGGUGGUGGAGAAGGGACAGCUUAAGAAUCAGUAGCAUUGAAGGCAGGCAUGUACUGAUCACUGGCUGUGACACUGGGUUCGGAAAUCAUGCUGCCCAUACAUUUGACAAGAUGGGAUUCAGAGUUCUAGCAACUUGUUUGACGGAUUCUGGAGCAGCUGCUUUAAAACAGGAAACAUCAGAAAGACUUAAAUCAGUAUGUUUGGAUGUAACUGAUGCUGACAGCGUAAGGAGAGUCGGAGAAUGGGUGAAGAAUGAAGUUGGGAAUAAAGGUCUUUGGGGUUUAGUGAACAAUGCAGGAAUUAUGGGAACCCUUGCUCCGAUUGAUUGGCUGACCAUUGAAGACGUGAGAGAACCAAUCGAAGUUAAUUUAAUAGGUUUAAUACAUGUCACAUUGACUGUGCUCCCCUUGAUUAAGAACGCUAGAGGUAGGAUUGUGAACGUAUCCAGUGUUGGAGGGAGAGUUGCAGCUAGCGGAGGUGGAUACUUUUCCUCUAAAUAUGGAGUUGAAGGCUUUAAUGACAGUUUAAGGCGAGAUAUGAAGUCAUUUGGAGUAAGCGUUUCUUGCAUUGAGCCGGGUCUUUUUAAAACACCGUUGUCUGAUGCAAAAACAGUUUUAGAACAACGUAUAUCUAUUUGGAGAAAACUGUCACAGGAUAUUCAAAAGGAAUAUGGAGAAGAUUAUAUAGCUAUUGAUGCCAAGAAAAAGCAAAAAUUAAACCAAAUUCGAAACAGUGAUCUGUCCAUGGUUGUGUGGUGUAUGGAGCAUGCUCUGACAAGCCAACACCCCAGGACCCGGUAUGGCGUCGGCACUGACGCCAGUUUUCUUUGGAUACCCUUGUCUUAUAUGCCAACAUUCAUCCAGGACUUUGUCAUACUGAUGAAUAAAGUACAGAUCCCAACUUCACCCCCAGCAUGAUUAUUGUAUAUAUAUGCUAUUAUCUGUAUCAUACAAUAAAUAACAAUUAUUUAA